UGAAGAAAUCGAUUUCUCAAAACAACUCACAAAUCCCAUCCAGAAGAAAUAGGAUAUUUUAGGUACUGAAGUUUUUAUUCAAGCCCCCCAGGUCCCGUUGGUCUUUUUGCUUGUAUCUCGUCAGAACCAUGAUAGAACUACCGGAGGAGAUGGAGAUGUCUGACAUAGGGGGUGUGAAAAGUCCUCGAGAAGCUGCAUGGGCCCUUAUUGAUGCUACGACAAGUGGACCUGCAGAAAGGAUCCACGACUUAAUCAAAAAGGGUUACAUAGGCCCUAUGUGUGACUUUCUGCUGAGUCUUGACUACAACGUUGUCCAACAAGCUAUCAACGCCGUGGAGAUCAUAUUGAAGCUGGGUGCUCAAGACGCCAUAGACAAUGCCUAUCCUGUGAACCAGUACGCUGUUCUCAUCGAGGAACGCCGUGGUCUGGAUAAACUCAAGUUUCUUGAAGCACAUAACGUUGAUGAAAUCUCCAUGAAGGCAUAUGACAUAAUCGAAAACUUCUUUAACAAAGAUUAUGAGGACGCUAGACCGCCUUCGUCACAAUAA